GCCUCAUUCUGUAUCAGGCAACUGAGGUGAGUGGAGCUCAUGACACGCUGGGGAAAUUUUUAAAAUAACAAUAUUAAUAUAAAUAUAAAGGUAGCUGCUGGAUAGGCCUUAUUAGUGUCUGCUAGUGGGGUAAAUGCAGGUGAGGGUUUGCUUGGCCCAACAAACAACAAUGCUGGCAUUGCCUGUACUAAUAGCCUAUAUAUAAUAUUAGCACAUUCCUUAUUUUGAUUUAACAUACAUAUAGCAAUGCAAUCGAGUUAUUAUAAUAUCAUAGCACCACCAACAAAUGACAUAACUCAAUAUAGUCUUUCUAUUAAUUUAUAACUGUCCUUAAAAAGGGCAGAAUAUCUACUAAGCCUAUAUUUGCUGACCAUAGUUUGCAGGUGUGAUGUCAUAAUGGGACACAUGAUACAUUGUGAUGUCACAGUGCACACAGAGUUAAUGUUUGAAAACAAGCUCUAACUGCCUCAUUCUGUAUCAGGCAACUGAGGUGAGUGGAGCUCAUCAUCAUACACUGGGGAAAAUGUUAGAAAAAUUAAUAUUCAUAUUCAUAUAGCUGCUGACUUAGUAGGGCUUAGUAGCUGUUAGUGGGAUAAUUGCAAACCAUUUGAGUUUGAAGGGGAUGAAGUGCUUGGCCCUACAGACAAUAAUGGUCGCAUUCCCUUUACUAAUGGUAUACAUAUGUACAUAUAUUAUACAUUCCCUAUUUUCAUCUACAUAUAGCAAUAUAGCUGGAUAUAGUUGUGUAGGCCUAAGUAUCUGCUAGUGGAGUAAUUAUGGGGAUCUGAAAAGAUAAUAGUGUGCUUCAAAGUGCUGAUAGUUUUUUCUGGUCAUUAAUUGUCACUCUAAUGUUACCUUAAUGUUACUGGCCAUUCAUUUUCAGUUACCUUAUUUAUAACCAAUUCAUAGGAUUAUUACAUAAUAUGUAACCAAUGAUUUUUCUCUCUCCGCAGAAAGAAUAUUCGACAUACAAAUCAACAAAUUUUUUGACAUACAAAUCAACAUAAUUUUCAAUAUAUAAAUCAACAGAAUUUUUGACAUAUAAAUCAAGAGAAAGAAUUUUUGACAUAUAAAUCAACAGAAAGACUUAUCGACAUACAAAAAACCAUCAUGUUUCGACGCAUAUGCAGUAUUUUUAAAUGUUUUACGAAAGUUAAAAAAGAGAAAAAUGAAAUCAUUUUGGUACUACCGAAGAUGUACACAGAAAUGCCCUGUUUGGUGCAAUCGACUGGAUAUGGCAAUCUCCUCUGCCAGGAACCAGUAGUAACCAAUGUUAAUAAUAUCAGUGAGAAACAACCUGAGGAAAUCAUUGCCCAUGACAUUUGCCAGGAGACAAAUAUUGGCCAUAACAGCUGCCAAGAAGAACCUGAUGAAAACAAUGGUCAUGACAUCUGCCAGGAAGAACCUGAAGACAAUAUUAGCCAUCACAGCUAUCAGGAGCAACCUGAGGAGCCUGGCACAGAGAUCAGCCAGAGUAAUGCCUCAGAGGAGGAAGAAAAUCUAGAAGAAGAAAGUCUAGAAGAAGAAAGUCUAGAAGAACAAAAUCCAGAAGAACAAAAUCUAGAAGAGGAAGAAGAAAGCAGUAAUGAUAAUCCAUUUCCAUUUCUUGAGGAGCAACCUGAGGAGCCUGGCACAGAGAUCAGCCAGAGUAAUGCCUCAGAGGAAGAAGAAAUUCUAGAAGAACAAGAGGAAGAAGAGAACAAUAGUGAUGACAUGCUUAUAUCUAGUGGGGAAGAAGAAAGCAUUAGUGAUAAUCUGUUUCCAUCACUUGAGAAACAACUUGAGGAAAUCAUUGCCCAAGACAUCUGCCAGGAGGAACCUGAGACAAAUAUUGGCCAUUUCCAGGAGCAACCUGAGGAGCCUGGCACAGAGAUCAGCCAGGGUUAUGCCUCAGAGGAAGAACAUAAUCUAGAAGAACAAGCAGAAAAAGAAAACAAUAGUGAUGACAUGGUUAUAUGUAGUGAUGAAGAAGAAAGCAUUAUUGAUUAUCUCUUUCCAUCACUUGAGAAACAACCUGAGGAAAUCAUUGCCCAUGACAAUUGCCAGGAAAAUCCUGAGACAAAUAUUGGCCAUUCCCAGGAGCAACCUGAGGAGCCUGGCACAGAGAUCAGCCAGGGUAAUGCCUCAGAAGAAGAACAUAAUCUACAAGAACAAGAGGAAGAAGAAAACAAUAGUGAUGACAUGGUUAUAUAUAGUGGGGAAGAAGAAAGCAUUUGUGAUGAUCUGUUUCCAUCACUAGAGGUCUGCAAUGAACAUGGAUUUGACAAACUAUGCCCGGACCCAACUGGCUGGAUAGACCUCGAACAAUGUGUUGGAUCAGGAGGAUUUGGAGUAAUCCAUAAGGCAUGGCAUUUUAAGGAAAAGAAAGAAGUGGCCAUAAAAGUGAUCAAAGACCUUAGGGACAAUGAAGAGAUCCUUGCUGAACUGUACGUACUUGAACGCGUUUCUGGCCACGACAACUUCCCUGCCUUUUAUGGAGCCUUUUAUCUACGGCCCAGCAUUUCAAAUGAAGAGGCGCUAUGGAUUGCUAUGACAAUGUGUGCUGGUGGCUCCGUAGACGCCUUAAUUAGGAGCACGCCCAAUAGAUCUUUGGAUGAGACCUGGAUUUCAUACAUAUGCAAGAAAGUUUUACAGGGCCUGGAUUACUUACAGGAACUGAACGUGAUACAUCAUGAUCUCAAGGGCGCCAAUAUAAUGUUAACUUCUACGGCCCGUGUGAAGAUAAUUGAUUUUGGCCUUGCCACAAUAGGGCCCAUCAGUACAAGUAAUGCAGGAACCCGCUGUUGGAUGGCACCUGAAGUCCAUGCAUGUUUUACAAGAAAUGUACAUUAUAACUACAAGGUGGAUGUGUGGUCUUUAGGAAUCACAGCCAUAGAAAUGGCAGAAUACAAUCCUCCACACAUUAAACUCCGUGGUGCUGAGCUUUCCGAAAGGAUUAUGAAUGGUCCAGCUCCAGCUCUAAAAGAGGAUAUAUGGAGUAAUAAAUUCCAGAGAUUUCUUUAUAAAUGCCUUCAGAAGGAUCCAGCCAAAAGACCAUUCGCAAAGGAACUCCUAUUAAACCGAUUCAUUACAUAUAAUCGAGAUGAAGACGAGGUGCAAUAUAGCAUAGCGGAGCAUAUACAUAAAGGAGCAAAGAAAUAAGACAUUGAAGUUAAAGAUUCUCUCGCAACACCUCAUUAAGAAGACUUUGUCAAGACUUAGGAAGGAAAUGGAAGAAUAAUAUAUAAAUCCCAAAAUGGAUUCUACCCUUGCAAGAUCUGAAAUGUGGCUCCUUCAUUAUGUUCCCAAAAGGGAAAGGAGGGAAAGGGUUGGGAACACAAUGUAGGAGCCACAGUCCAUCUACUUCGGAUACUUUACCAAAUGUUUAUUUUUAUAUAAUCUAUUUAAAUGUAUACUUAUUUUUAUAUAUUAAUAAAAAUAAUAAAAAACAA